AUGUACCAUGGCACGCCUCAGGACCACGGGGACAAGAAGCGACAGCGGCUGACCAAUGAAUUGUGGAUGGAAGCUAUCAUGAACAAGAGCAAGACACCUGAGGGCUUCAUGUCUGCAUCCACCACCACAUCCAGCGGCGUAACGACGCCCUCUACGUCUUCAGCUGUGAAUGGGGAAGAACGGGUGGUUGCGGCACCCAGUUGGGAGGCACCGACGUCCCAGAUGUCGAUGGCGCAGCAGCAAUUCGCGACGGGAUAUCAAGAGAGACCGACUGAGCGCUCUAACCGGUACCAGGGAAGAACACCGGAGAUCUUUUCACAAUCCGUGCAAGACAUACCAAUGGAAACAGCGUAUCAAACGAGGAUAGUGAGUACUCCGGUGGCUCCGGGAUACGCAGCGAGAACUAAUGUUGAUGCGGGAUACCACGGAAAACCCAUCGACACUUCGAUAACGUUUCCACGGCGAUUAGUGCAACCAGCAACAACGAAUUAUCAAGGGGAAACGACGAUGGACGGUGGCACAGUCUACCAACGGAGAACAGCAGAUGAAGCUGUGGUGCAAUAUCAAGACAGAAUGGGCGGCAGGGCUGCGUCCGAGUAUGUAGGAAAGCCUGCAAAUGAACCUGCUGGGCAUCAAGGAAGAGCAUCUGAUGUAUCCGUAGCUUAUAAACCGGAGAAAGUCAGUCAAGACCUUACAGGUUAUCAAAGUAAGACAUUGGAGACCUCGACUGGCAUGCUGCAUCAGGAAAAAAGGACAGAAGCAAGGCUCGGCAAGCUGGCCGAGGGUUACAAGAAAGAUCGGAAACUACCGCCGAGAGUGGAGGAGAUGCUGAGAGAGCAGAUGAAUCUGGACGAAUCUGUGCUGCAUGAUGCAUUUGCGGUGGCAAUGGAUGAUUUGAUUUUGGAACAAGAAGCCAACUUUGUGGCAAAGGGAGUGUGCCACUUGUGUGUAAGCAAGGUAUACUUGCCCGUCGUAAAUUUUUGUCCACAUGCAGACGAAAACCACUCGCUGUGUCGGGAACAUCUGCGUAGUGUGUACAGGGUGCGUAUGGAAGCGCUGUUCGUGGGCAAGAACCGAUCUGCACCCAAUCGUCGCUUGCUGCGCUGUUUGGUGUGUACGCGCGGAUGUCCGUGCACCCAGUGCACAGCAGAAAAGGAGAAAGAUGUCCAGAAUUAUAAGCGGUAUCUUCUCGACACACUGCGUCGUUGCGGACAUGGUCCAGAGAGUGCAGUGAAGGAUCGCCAGGCGAGUGCCGCCAGUGCUUCACCAGCGCUCACGGGGCGAUUGGCGUUUGGUCAAAGUGUGAGCAACAACGACGGCCGUCAAUACGCUCAGUAUGCGCCCACGCCCUUGCCAAAAGAUUGUUUCUCUGUACAAGGCAACGGCCUUCCUGCUCGGGGUUCAUUGAUGGAGACAGCAAAUGAAGCAUGCAAACUAACGGAGACCCAUCGGUCCGACCUGAAUCGGUGCCAAGAACGUGAGCGAUGCGAUCGUGAAGGAUACGUCUCCAAUGCACAGCUCUCCAGCAUGCCGACUUCCAGCAUUUAUGCCUCUAGUAUGCAAUUAUCCAGUUUGCAAACUUCUGGCCUGUCAGCUUCCAGCACGCGAAUUUCUAGCUUGCAGGUUUCCAGCAUACAUGCGCCACAAAGUGAUUCGACUCAGCAGGUUUCUAUGUCGAAACGAGCAGCUAGCAGUUUACCGUCUGAUGUUCUCUCCAUGACGGCUGACGGUGAGCAAAGUACUGAUCGCCGGACUGCAGCUCGAGCCGCCCCGUCACGCAUCCACCGAGGCUCGAUGGAGUCGCCAUCAGCAGCUACAGUUUUGAAUUGUGCGGAGUCGGAGAAGUCUUUAGUUCAGCUUUUGAGCUCGUUGAAUCAAGGAAGAGCCCCCGCAAACUCUGCGGCUGUUGACGUUUCGAGUAAGGACAGUGCUUACAGUCGGAACGUCUUACACUACGACACGAAUGAAAAAGCAGCCGAUGACGAAGCUGUUGGAGACGCUUCAGGUGAAGGCAGUAAGAAGACGGAAGCAUCUUUGCGAGUUGAUUCCGCCUGCGGCAUCUCGGACAAUCGCCACCAAUCGGAACAUUCAUACCAUGAUGAACCCUCGACUAGCUCAAUGGCUACGGUCAAGAGCUCGUCUCGUGAUCGCGUGAAGAAUGAUGGUCGGUCCAUCGAAGCGAGUAAAUUAAGAAAGCGGAAGUCUGACGAGACCGACCGUGCGAACGGUGCAGGGCCACAUGGCCAGUCAAACGUGGCAUCCCGAGACUCGACUCGGGUCGCGUAUCGUGAUGAUAGUAGUGCUCCAGGUCAACAACAUAGUGCUGGCGAGCGUCAACACAAGACGGGGACGAGGCCAUCGUUAAGGCUGGACGGCUGCGAGAAGGAUAGCACUUCAAAGGCUGAUUCGAACAAAAAGCACUCGUCACAGAAAUCACCACCGCCUCCGCACCGUCGACCGGGGCGCCCGCGCAAAGCUUUAACUGAUGCGAAUGCUGCAGCACAAACAGAGAGAAGAGGGCAGCAAAACCGCAAAACCACCACUUCCAUCAAAAGGGGAAGAGGCCGGCCCCCUAAGCGCGGCAAGCGAGCGAAAAGUGACGAAGAUAUGGAAGACGAGAAUGGUAACGAAGAGCAUGAAGAGGAGGAGAAAGAUGAGGAUGGCGCAGACAGCGAGUUAGACGCGAACUUAGACUAUUGCGAGGUCUGUGAAGGCGCCGGCGAUCUGGUCUGCUGCGACAAGUGCCCGCGUUCUUUCCACUUGAAGUGCCUGGACAUGACUGAGACUGAUCUCCCGGAAGGCGAUUGGCAGUGCAGCGAGUGCAAGAAGCCGUCGCGAUUUGACGCGUAUUCCGUUAUGGUGGCUUCAGAGAGAACUGUUCUGGACAAGUGUCUGAAGAUUGUGCAGUGCUUAAAGUCGCAUCCAUUCUCAAAGCAGUUCCUGUCGCCUGUGGAAAACGUUCCGAUGUAUACGCGGGUAGUGAAGCAGCCGAUGGAUUUAUCUAAGAUCGAGAGCAAGCUGAAGAAGGGUGCUUACAUCGUGGAUAGCAACACUGUAGCGGAUGGCGUCGAAGAGUUGGAUGCUACGCAUUUUGCCAACGAUAUUCGACUGAUGUGGUCAAACUGCAAGACUUUUAAUGACGACGGAUCGGGUAUCACUCGGGCGGCUGAUAUUCUGUCAGCUGGCUUUGAACGCCUGUACAAGGAAUGCGUCGCACCACCAUUGACUGCACAGGAUGGAUGUUGA